CGUAACUCGUUCGCGUUUUGGGACGGGAACCUGUCGAUAUAUGUGUUGUCGAUAGUGAGAAAGUGGCCUGUGUCAGUGCAAGUGUUAAGUGACUUUCGCUCUUACUGUUUGUGCAGGAUGAACGUUUACAGUAUGAAGGUCUGGGCAUUUGUCUUCUGUCUGUCCACAUCCAUUGCAGUGCCGGUGCCGCAAGCCACGCCCCUUGUUCUGGACAUUAUAGACAUGGCAGCCAUUAGCAGAAUGUCACCACAGCAACUAGAGAAGUUAGCAGAAGGAUUGGCAGCUGAGGAAAUAAUGAGAACGAAGAGAUCAUCUGCCCAAGCGCUAACAGCGGUAGUGUCCAAAGCUUCAUCAGGUCUGCAAGGCAAGAUUGGGCUACUGGGACAAGCUUCCGCUGGUGUUGCAACCCUGAUCGGAUCAGCUUCUAGUAAAACAGGUCAUGACACUCAUGACCACGGAUACUCAUAUGAACCGCAUGAAGAAAAAUAUGAUUACUGGGGAUUGAAGAAGUCAAUUCUUUACACGCUGUUUCAAGCAGUAAAGGCUAUCACUGGUGGUGUAACCAUCUUGAAAGGCCAACUCAUAAAGGGUGGCGGAGCGCUAGCCAGCACCUUGGGGAAGGUGAUAUCGGUGAAGGGUGAUGCCGUCAGUCAUCUAGGGAAGAAAAUUGUCAGCUCAGCCGCGUUGGUUGAAAAGAAACCUUCAGGGCAUUUAUACGGCCCACCGCCAGCGCCGCCGGCGCAUGUUGAAUAUGGUGUUCCCACGGGAUACGGCGCACCGACUGCGCCCGCUCACUUCGCACAUACAGGUCCAUCUGCACCCACAGGUUUCGCUGCACACAAAUACCCAUCUCAUUUAGACGGCCGAGAUAAACUGAAUGGGGUGCACGCUGGAGUAUUGUUACUGACGCCUCUGGGUGAUGCUGAACCAAGCCAGACCCAAGAAACUCCGAACAUCGGACACACGCCGCUGGAGCCUCCACCUUCAAUUCUUCAUACAGUUUAUAGCGCAAUCAAAAACGUUUUCUCGUCUGCUGCACCAGAGUACGCAGCGAAUGACGAUUCCCUUGUCCAUCAUCCCCCACCACCGCCUCCACCCGUUCCCCCAUUCAAACCUAUGACGUGGGGAGCAGUCAAUUCAUAUGGCGAGCCAGCAAUGGCCGACGCAUACUCUGAUUACGAUCCUCGAAACCCCCACCCGCCUUUCGAAUACGCAGCUUCUAAAAAGUCAAUCACAGCCCACACAGCUCAUAAAGUUCAACAAGGUUUAACACCUGAUAAGAUCCAGAAAAUCAGACGGAAUCUAAAUAAAUUGGCUAUGUACAUGAAUAAUAAUAUUCAGAGGUCUUCCGAAGACCUUCCCACUUUCACAGGGUUAGAAAAAUAUAAGGAAAUGCUGAAAAAAGGCGAACUGCCGUUGUUUCCCACUCCUGUAGUUACUGAUAAUGAAAUUGGCGUGCUGCCAGCCGACGUCCUACCCUCCGAUAUUCCUACCACUACUAGUAGUACCACUACCAGCACUACCACAAGUACAACAACCGUAAAAACUACAGCAAAAUCUAAUACGACAACGAGAAGAAAAGACGCUAAAUACUAUCUUCGCGGAAACAGGAUUGUUCAAGUUUGA